CUUUUGGCCCGUUUUGGUCCACUUUGGCCCAUUAGGGUAGAAAUGAACCCUCCCCCCUUUCCCCUAUAAAUAGAGGCUUUCCCACAAUGUUUAGGGACUUUUUUCUCUUCUUCCCCACACCCCACUUCUCUCUAGGGCUUGGAGCUCCAUUAAUGGCUACCAAGGCUCAAGCUUGUACAUUGUAAUGGUGAGGAGGGAUUAAUAAGAAUGAGAGGGCUUGGACAUUAGCCUAAACAGUCCCGUGGUUUUCUCCCUUUCCGGAUUUCCACGUAAAAAUUAUUGUUUAUAUUUUAUUAUCACCACAUAGCCAUGAAAUCCUCCCGGAAGGGGUGUUGUACUUCCGGAUUGCGGCGAAUUAACCUCAACACUAGCGCCGUCUGUGGGAAUCUUGUUCAAAAAGAUUCAUAUGUUCUUUAUUUUCUACAGAAGAUGCACACAAAGGGAACUGUUUUUGGUUUUUUACAAAAGGAUUCAUACGAAGGGAAAAUGGCCUGGGGAAUUUUCUAGGAUUACAGUAGAAGGGAUGAGGGGAAAUAUCCCCUUUCCGGUGAAAACCAUACGCCAUAAGCCGGCCCUGAGGACCUGGCCAGUUAGUUCCCCCACCUCUGGCCAUCUGGGUGGUCACUGGGAAAUUUGCAAGAAGAAGCAGCUCCUGCAAUGGCCAUCUGGGUGGUCACCGGGAAAUUUGCAAGAAGAAGAAGCAGCUCCUGCAAGAUGAAUUUGCAGAGGAUGAGAGGCAGUUGGAGGCUGUGGUUGCUGUCCUUCCACGACAGCUGCAACCUGACAAGAAUAGAGAGGGAUUGGUGAAAUGACCUGUGGGGCCAUAGUUGGCUAAUCAGCUGCCUCGAUCCUGCACCCCAACGAUCGUUUGCUCAACUAAGCCGAGCAUGGUGACGAGCGAGAGAGGAUGGCAGGCCCGAGCGGGGGGUAUCAGUUGACGUUUUCAAUAUUCAUGAAAACAAAAUCAUUCCAUAGAACGGCAGGUGCAGAAUCAGAGGGGCACCUGGAGCAGUCCGCACGUCUCCAAACUCAGCUCAUGCAUAUCCUUGCCGCCCUGCACUGCAGGGUGGUUGCUUUCACCGGAAUACCCAGCGCACAGGCACACCCGAUCCUCGAUGCCGCGCAGUCACUGGACCAGCUUAGAAAGCUGAUGAGAGCUAGCCGUCCGGCUCUUCCACUCUGCUUGCCUGCCAGGGGUAGCCUCAGUUGGAUACCUGCAAAGGCUAGCUGGCCCCUCAGCAUCUCACAAUCCGUAGGAAAAGAUGUUGGCUUAACCAACAAGGUCUUCUCAGUAAGGGAAGAAAAGCUCACGUUAAGUGAGGCCGAGCGUCCCAGGCCCACCUUAGGGCUAAAAGAGGACCAUGCGCCGAGCAGAUCACUCAGAUGGUACUCUUGACCGAAGGAUGUCUCCUCCGAGCACACCACUCCGUCUGGAUAGAAGCAAGUAGUGCUAGGCUGGCCGCACGAGUUUUCAAAUGUGAUGAUGGCUCUCAAUGCAUCAGGGGCCAGCUCGGGCAUCAUGUAUGCGCGAUGCCCGACGUCCGAAGCGCUGCCCAUUGGUCAACGCCGCUCGGCAAGCACAAUGCCACUCUGGCUGACCAGAUCAGCUCACUAACCGGCGGUACACCGCUUGGUUCUCAACGCACCGGGGAACAGCAAGGAACUUGUAAGCUGGCCGCCUAACUUCAAUGACCCUGCUCAAUGUUUUAACGCCGUCCGGUGAAGUAGCAACCCGGUUUGAAGCGGCCGUCUCUGAAUUCUGGUCUCUUGAACACUUAGACCAGCGCUGACGUCCCGCCGCCCGACACAUAAGACGCUCGGCAAAUAGAACCGCCCUUUCCCCAUCGAGGAUGUACGUGAUGGGAAUAUAGAUCAGGCCGGACGCUCAGGGCUCUGCUGCGACGCUGCACAAUAUCAGGAUCAGACCCAUUUUGGAGAAGACCUUGCCUCGGCCAGAAGGCUCUGCUCGAGCCUCCACGGUUUGGCCAGACCUUCACCGCUCAGCCUUUCGGAGUUCUCACUUCUCAGCCCUGGUUAACUUAGGACCCCUUGAAGACUAGCUGGCCGCUCGUUCGCUCUUCCAUGCUCGGCCUUGGACCUGCGGGAUGGCCGCCCGGCCUAUCAAACGCCGUCCGCCCCAUGGGCAGCUCGGACACCUUGGGGGCUGGCUGCCCGGCUUCCAAAUGUCAAGAAUAUCAUAGCUAAAAAUAGAGAGGCACAAUCAAGGGAAUAAGAUCACUGCAUAUUAGGAAUAUAUUUUUUCCUUAUUUACAUUGUAUUCUUAUGCUAUAUAUUGGGAUGUAAUGUAUAUGAAAGAUAUAUAGAAAUAAGAAGAAUAUCAAUUCCUCCUAUAUUCUCCAUCAUGUCGUUCUUUCUCAAGAUGGUAUCAGAGCAGGCAAAC